CGUGAAAAAAAAAAACACACACACACAAGUUGUAGUAUAUGACAACUAAAUUAGUUGAUUAAAGUCUUUAACGGUGAUAUCCAACACUUGGGAUCGAAUAUCUUACUAGAUUACUCCAAAGGUUUCAUAUAGUGCACACAAUCAAAUGAUUUUUGAAGAUAGAUUAAACAUUGCUAAGUAAUAUAAUAUGGUUACUCUAUAGUAAUUUUGUCAUAUCUACAUCAACUUGGUGCUAAUUAAUUAAAUAAGUGCAUUAUUCAGUAUUCACCACCUAAAUAGAAAAAAAAAGUAAUGUUGCAGUACUUCUAAGUUCUGUCAUCUCUAUAAAAUCCAAAGCUAACCUUUUGUUUUUUGGUGGGUAUUGGACAUAAUGUACAAGAGUUCGCUGCUAGAGCUUUUAAUUAUUGUUUCUACGAUGACCAAUCUAGUUGACUAAAUUGUAACAACAAUCUUGUGUUCCUGUUUAUGUGUGCUAAUUCUGAGUUCUUAUGUUAAUGCAGAGAAAAAGGUAGCUGAAUCAAAAUGGAAAAUCUGUGGGCUUUAUUUUGUUGGCAAUCUGAUUGCGAAAGAAGCAGUUCGGAGACUUGUAGUCCUCAGUUUGGGUCAGUUACUCAUCCUUCAUCAUGUGUCAACCAUGCUUUACUUGUUUGUUUCAAUACACUGCUUUUAGCAGUCCUCUUUUACAGCUUCAUUUGCAGAUUUCUUUCCAAGAAACUCGAGCUAAAUGCUCGUAGUAUACGACAGUUCUGUGUCAUACAGAUACUGUCAGCUGUAUAUAAUGGAUGUCUUGGACUAGUUUAUAUAGGCUUUGGUCUUUGGAUUUUGAACAAAAAGUUGAAAAGUUAUGAUCAUUCUGUUUCACCAAUUCAUGGGUGGGUUAUAUUUCUAUUUAAUGGAGUUACAUGGUUGUUGGUGGGACUAACAACAAGCCUCGGAGAGUUUUUCCCAAGAGUCCAAUUGCGGAUCUUGUCCAUUUUGGCUUUCCUCUAUGCUGGGAUAUUCUGCUUUCUAGCUCUUUUUGCUGCCACUGUAAAUCAUGCAGUAGCAGUGAAGGGGGUGUUAGACAUUCUAUCUUUUCUUGGAGGGGGUUUGCUCUUGUUAAGUACUUACAAGGAGUAUACUCCUACGGAUGGGGAGGAAAUUGGGAGCUGUAAAUCAGGUUUAACUGCCCAAGUUACCCCAUUUUCCAAAGCUGGAUUGUUCAGUAAGAUGUCGUUUUGUUGGUUGAAUCCUUUGAUGAGAUUAGGUAGGAAGAAACCUCUCAAGGAAGAUGACUUGCCCAAACUACGGGACAUGGACAUGGCAGGAUCUUGUUACUUGCAAUUCAUGGACCGAAUGAAUAAGCAUAAGCAAGCUGAAUCACUGUCAGAAACAUCAAUGUUUUGGAUCAUUGUUGCAUGCUACUGGAGGGAGAUUCUGAUAUCUGGGUCCUUCGCGCUUCUGAAGAUACUUGCGCUGUCAGCUGGGCCUCUUUUUCUCAAUUCUUUCAUUCAGGUUGCUGAUGGAAAAGAAGCAUUCAGAUAUGAAGGUUAUGUUUUGGCUGUCUCACUCUUCCUUUCAAAGAUCCUAGAAUCUUUGUCCCAAAGACAAUGGUACUUUCGAAGCAGGUUGAUUGGUCUUAAUGUGAGGUCCAUGCUCUUAGCAGCAAUCUAUAGGAAGCAGCUGCGAUUAUCAAAUGUUGCCAGAAGGAUACACUCUGGUGGUAAUAUAAUGAAUUAUACAAGUGUUGAUGCUUAUAGGAUCGGGGAAUUCCCUUUUUGGUUUCAUCAGAUUUGGACAACAAGCCUGCAACUUUGCUUUGCAUUAGCUAUUCUAAUACAUUCAGUCAAACUUGCAACCAUUGCAUCAUUGGUAGUGAUUGUUUUAACGGUGAUAUGCAACACACCCCUUGCCAAAUUACAGCAUAAGUUACAAAGCAAAUUGAUUGUUGCUCAAGACGAGAGGCUGAAGGCUUUCUCAGAGGCUCUUGGAAAUAUGAAGGUGCUAAAAAUGUAUGCUUGGGAGUCUCACUUCAAGAAUGUAGUCGAGGAAUUGAGGAAAGUGGAAUAUAAAUGUUUAUUAGCAGUGCUGUUGCAAAAAACAUACAAUUCUCUUCUCUUCUGGACAUCUCCUACAUUGGUGUCUUCUGCUACAUUUGGUGCAUGCUAUUUCCUCCGAAUUCCUCUAAAUGCUAGUAAUAUAUUCACAUUUAUAGCAACUUUGCGUCUAGUGCAAGAGCCCGUCACUAUUAUACCCCAUGUCAUAAGUGUAGUGAUUCAUGCAAGACUUUCAUUUGCACGGAUUGUGAAGUUUCUAGCUGCACCAGAGCUUCAAAUUGAAAACGUCAGAAAGAGUAAUAUGACCAGCACAAACUGUGCCAUACUAAUGAAGUCAGCAAAGUUUUCGUGGGGGAUGAAUUUAUCAAGGUCAACACUUAGAAAUAUAAAUCUAGAUAUUCGUCCAGGUGAAAAGGUAGCUAUAUGUGGAGAAGUUGGCUCAGGAAAAUCAACAUUGCUAGCAGCAAUUCUUGGAGAAGUGCCAUAUAUAGACGGAAAUGUUGGAGUAUAUGGGAGGAUUGCUUAUGUUUCCCAGACAGCUUGGAUCCAAACAGGGACAAUACGUGAAAAUAUUAUUUUCGGAUCUGCCUUGGAUGAUCUGAGAUACCAAGAAACACUCCAUAAGUGUUCAUUGGUGAAAGAUCUUGAAUUUCUUCCUCAUGGAGACUUGACUGUGAUAGGAGAAAGAGGAAUUAAUUUAAGUGGUGGCCAGAAGCAACGGAUCCAACUCGCUCGUGCAUUGUACCAAGAUGCUGAUAUAUAUCUUUUGGAUGAUCCAUUCAGUGCUGUUGAUGCACACACUGCAACUAGCCUCUUGAAUGAUUAUGUUAUGGAAGCUCUUUCUGAAAAGACUGUCUUGCUUGUGACACACCAAGUUGAUUUUCUUCCAGCAUUUCACAUUUGUUUGCUGAUGUCAGAUGGGGAAGUUCUUCAUGCAGGCCCUUAUCAUGAGCUAUUAGCUACAAGUCAGGAGUUUUCGGACCUUGUAAACGCGCACAAAGAGACUGCAGGGACUGAAACACUAGCAGAAGUCAGCACAUCUGAGAGGCACAAUUGUACUGCAAAAGAGAUUAAUAAAGUCAAUGUUGAUGACCAAUAUCAAGCAUUAACAGGGGACCAACUGAUUAAACAAGAAGAGAGAGAAGUUGGAGACACUGGUUUUAAGUCAUACAUGAUUUACCUGAAUCAGAAUAAAGGCUGCCUGUACUUUACUAUUGUUGCUCUUGCACAUCUCGCCUUUGUGACCGGCCAAAUAUUACAAAAUACAUGGAUAGCCUCUAGUAUUGAUAAUCCUCACAUCAGAAAAUCAAAACUGAUAGUGGUUUAUGUCAUAAGUGGAUUCGGCAUGACAUUCUUUUUACUUAUUAGAUCACUUGCAGUGGUUAAAUUUGGGAUGGAGUCAUCAAAAUCUAUAUUUUCUAAGUUGCUGAACUCUCUCUUUCGAGCGCCAGUGUCAUUCUACGAUUCUACACCUCUCGGAAGGAUACUAAGUCGGAUUUCAUCUGAUUUGAACAUUGUUGAUGUGGAUAUCCCCUUCAGCUUUGUGAUGGGCUUUGCAGCAACUACUAUGGCAUAUGCUACUUUAGGAGUAAUGGCCAUCAUCACUUGGCAGGUCUUGUUUGUCACUGUACCAGUCAUUUACAUGACAAUAAGAUUGCAACGUUACUACUUGGCAACGGCAAAAGAGUUGAUGAGACUCCAUGGUACAACCAAGUCUAUGGUUGCAAACCAUUUGACUGAAUCAUUAGCCGGAGCUAUGACAAUAAGAGCUUUUCAAGAGGAAGACUGUUUUUUCGCAAAAAAUCUCAACAUUAUUGAUACAAAUGCAAGCCCAUUCUUCCACAGUUUUGCAGCCAACGAAUGGCUGAUUCAGAGGAUUGAGGCACUCACUACCACUGUUCUUGCAGUAGCUGCAUUAUGCAUGGUUUCGCUUCCUCCAGGAACAUUUAGCUCAGGGUUCAUCGGAAUGGCACUAUCGUAUGGUCUUACGUUAAACAUGAGUAUGGUUUUCUUAAUUGAGAAACAAUGUAUAUUAGCCAACGAUAUAAUUUCGGUGGAGAGGCUUGAUCAAUACAUGGAUAUACCAAGUGAGGCUCCAGAAGUCAUCAAAGAUAGCCGCCCUCCACAAAACUGGCCAUUGGUUGGCAAAGUGGAGAUAUGCAAUCUGCAGUUGAGAUACAGACCAGAUACACCACUGGUUCUUAAAGGAUUCAGUUGUACAUUUGAAGGGGGCAACAAUAUUGGCAUUGUUGGUAGGACAGGCAGUGGAAAGACUACCCUAAUAGGGGCAUUGUUUCGCCUAGUAGAGCCAUCAGAAGGAAAGAUUAUAGUUGAUGGUGUUGAUAUAUGUUCAAUAGGACUUCACGAUCUAAGGUCAUGUUUCGGGAUUAUCCCUCAAGACCCUACUCUUUUUAAUGGCUCUGUACGAUUUAAUUUAGAUCCGUUAAGUCGGCAUGAUGAUGAAGUCAUCUGGGAGGUGCUCGGCAAAUGUCAGCUUUUAGAAGCAGUCAAAGAGAAAAACCAGGGACUAGAUUCUUUAGUUAUGGAGGAUGGGUCAAAUUGGAGCAUGGGACAACGACAACUGUUCUGUCUAGGUCGUGCUUUGCUGAGAAAAAGCAGGGUACUAGUGCUAGAUGAAGCGACUGCAUCCAUUGAUAACGCAACUGACAUGAUCCUGCAGAAAACUAUAAGAGCAGAAUUUUCGGAUUCCACUGUGAUUACUGUAGCCCACAGGAUACCAACAGUAAUGGACUGCACAAAGGUCCUUGCCAUAAGUGAUGGAAACUUGGUGGAGUAUGAUGAGCCAAUGAAGCUAAUGAAGAACGAAAGCUCAUUAUUUGGCCAACUCGUCAAGGAAUAUUGGUCUCAUAUCCAUUCUACUGAUCAGUCCUACUGAACAUAAGGCAUUUAGCACACCAAUCAUCAAUAAUUAAAGAGAAUGAAAGCCUGAAAUGUUCCAAAGUAUUUGAGCUGAAUGUAGAAGUAAUAGAUAUUGUAAGUUCUUGAAAGCAUGCAAACAUUCAUGCAUUGAUUGAAGAACUAUUUUUGACAUGUAUAGAUAAUUUGAUAGGAUUCCUAGUGCUUUUUUUAGGACUAGUCAAUAUGCAAGUUGUGGGCAACAAUAAAUCAAGCAAGAAAUAUUCAGACAUGUACAGGUGUAUAA